ACGUGUAAAGCAUAUCGCGAGUGGAGCGCGAAUUUAAUUUUGUUGGUCAAUCCAAAUAUCGGAAUAUUUAUUGAACGUUUAGCGGUCAGCUUACAAAGUAUCGGCUUCGCGAUAUUAUUUGGUAGUUUAAAAAAUAUGAACAUUAUACUCUUGGAACUUUAAUCGUUCCAUUGUUACAUUUGGAUUAAUUACGUUUAGUUUUGGAUUUGAAAAAUAUAGAAGAAAUGAGUGUUCUUGAAUGGAGGAGUUGUGAAUUUUAUGAACUGGCGCUAUUUUCAAAUUUUUGCAAAGUUGAUAAACAGUCGGAAAUAGUUGCACACUGCACCAAUGGAAGUUUAUAUAUUUUCUGCGAGGCUCUGGGAAUAAUUCACGUAUGUUUUAGAAAUUCGUGGGCAAUCAACUUUCGGUGUCCGUGCUCUAAACUACGAUUCUGUGCACUUACAACCAAGAACGAAUUCCUCGUUCUCGUAGCUGAAGGGGAAUCAGCUUCCAGUAUAAAUGUGCAUGUCUUAAACUUGGCUGGUAUCAGUAAACGUACAGGAGCUGCCCUUGUUGGUUCAGCACAAUUAACCACACAUGGAUGUGUAACAUCUCUUAAAGCGUGCUUGUCAAUAGGUGGAUUGUUAUGCAUUUCUAUUGGAUUAGAUACGGGUGAACUACUAUUUCACCUAUCUGUUAUAAAUUCAGAUAUGACAUCAAAUUUCAUAACUUUUCCUUCUUGCAAAAGUCGCAUUAUAGGGAUUGAAUUUCAGCAAAAAAUGGAUGUUCUGUACAUGUUUGUAUGCUCGGAGUAUAAUGUUCGUUUGUAUCAUAUUAUCAACAGUAAUAUUAUAAACACCGAAACAAUUAUGGAAUCGUCAACAACUGCUAUUAGUUGUUGUACUUUUCAACAUAAUGCUGAAAAUUCAUAUUUCUUGAUCGGGCGAGAUGAUGCAGUUUAUUGCUUUACAAUAGAUGGCAGGGGGCCAUGUUACGCCAUAAGCGGAAGGAAAAAAGUUAUUGCUUGUUUAAAAAGUAACAUUGUAAUAUUAAUGGAAUCGGAGGAAAAACCGCUAAGUUAUAUUAUUAUAAUUGAUAUUUACAAAAAAACAAUUGUCUUCCAAAAAGAUAUUGAAAAGUCAAACAAUAAUAUGCUAGUAACGAAUGAAUUGUUCUGCUAUAUAUUGAACGAUAACAACAUUUAUAUUACCAUAGAGAAGAGUAUUCAAUGCAAAUUGCAGAUAUUAAUGAAUAGUAAUCUUUAUGAACUUGCUUUGAACGAAAUUAAUAAUAGAAGACUCAGCCUUACAGGAAGUGUCUUGUUAAAAUAUGGUGAUUAUUUAUUGCGUAAAGGAGAUGUAUCUUCAGCGGUUAACAAAUAUAAGCAAACAAUAGGAUUAAUGAAUUCUUAUUUUAUUAUAAAAAAACUCGUAGAUUUAAAGUACAAUAGUCAAUUAUUGCAGUAUAUUAGUAAUUUCGUAACCACUGACACAGCGUCGGCCACGCAAAGAGAACUGUUCGAGAAUUGCAAAAAAAGAAUAAACAUAAGUCUUAAAUGUAAUAAUGCGGCAAAUGAAAUCUGUUGUGAUAAUAAACUUCCUAAGACUUUGUUAACAUUUUUAAAUAAUGUUGAUGCGAUCUUAAAAGAGCCUUCGGAUCAUUCUUUUAAUAAUACUUUUGAUGAUCAGCUAAUAGGGAAUUGUCCUCGAAUAAACUCGACGUAUUGGCAAAAGAUUUUUAAAGCGCUAAAGAUGGUUAAGACUCCUGAGCGCUAUAUAUCGCUUUUGAUAGAUUCAAACGAAAACUGUACGAAAUUUUUAGAACAUUUACUUUCUUUAUCUAAUCAAAGUACCUUGGUGUUUAAUCUUUUAUUGGAAGUGCAUCUAUUUGAAUGGCAAAAAGGAAGAAGGAGUGCCCCAGAUAUAAUAAAAUUAUUAGAAAACUACGGUACUGGUUAUUCCGAGCAAAUUGUGAUUUCAUUUGUGAACUAUUCAUUCUGGCCUGGUAUUAUAUACCUGCAUGAGAAAUACAAGAAGAUGAAAUUGUCUUUAAAAUACUGUGUUAAGUACUGUGAUUUCAAUAUACCUUUUAAAUUCGAGAAAGAGUCGUACAUUAUUGGUCCAAAUAUGAUGAUGCAGGCAUUCGAUGUCAUAAACUGCAGUUCCCAAAUUAAAAUUGAUUUUGUUGAUAAAAUAAUUGGGACGAUGUUGAGUGAGAGAAACCAAGCAAUGCUGCAAGUAGCUCAAGGAAUUUCCAUUCGAAAAAAUUAUAAGGUAGUUCACAUAAAGAAACUAUUUUGCACCAAUAAAUCCGAAAAUGAUAAUAAAUCUAAGUAUAAAAUAAAGCCUUUGGUCUUCUGUUUGAAGUCUUUAAAUGCUUACCUUUUAAAGUUUAGAACGUGUCCCGUUGAAUUUAGGGAGAAUAUCUGUGUUAUUUGCAAAUGCAGCUUGACCCUACCUGCAAUUUAUUUCUUGUGUCAGCACGCUUUUCACGUAGGAUGUGUUGAACAUAAUUUAUAUGGCAAUACAUGUCCCUUCUGCCUACCGCAAGAAGAUAAUCAGUGAACUAAACGUACCUACGUUAUGGACAUACGUAUGAAUAAUAAAGAUAUUUGGUUUAUUUACUUAUAAGUCGAUAUUCUACAGAAUUAAACAAGUGAAUGCCUUCACAAUAUGUACAUAUAUCAAAUGUUCCUGCUUUAGAUAACAUUUAAGUCCCUCACAAAGAUUUAUAGGUAAUACAAUUGGUUUAUAUGUACAUAAUUUAAUAAAUCAAGGAGUUAUGUUUAGUAGUGGCAUAACUACUUGAACUGAUGUGAACUGUAAAAUAAGGCAACAGGCGUCACAAAAAAUAUGGAAUAUUGUCUGGACUUAAAAUUGCAAUGCACAUUUAGCAAAGCAAGCUGAAAAUUACGUCGCUGUAUUCUAAUUCUAUAAAAUGUCCCUUAUUUAUGUUAUAUAUAUACAUAUAUAUAUGUAUACAUUAAUUAACAUAAUAUUUUAGUUUUUCUACGAACAUGACAAUCAAUUUUUAUUAAAUUGAACGCGUCCGUUUUCGAUUUGUUAUCUCUUGAGGUAUAAUUUUGUGAAUAAUUUUAAGUUUUAACAUAAAUUAAAUAUAUUAAUACCUAUGAAAUUGGAGCAAGUCAAUAAACCAACCGUUUAGCUACAUAUGUACAUAUGAAUGUGUAUGAAAAAACCAAAUAUGUGAUUCAAUAGCAUGGUGUAAUUAGAAAUGGGUAAGUAGAUCUUUACACGAGAGUACGACUCAACACUGCCUUACACAAAAUGUAUUUAUUUGUGGAGAACUAUGCAGAAUUUCAAAGACACUUCCCUUUUUGAGUACGAAACGAAGAAUAAUUUAGUUUUGUUUAGAGUCAAAUAAACAGUUUAUUUUGUAUACAUGAAAUUGAAAUUAAAAAAGUUAAACUAAUUGAUAUAUAGUAGCUAUGCAAUUUUUUAUUAAAGUUUUUCGCAUUAAGAGUAAAGAAGAAUUCUUCUCCAACACAAAUUGGUUUGAACAAAGUUUGCUUUUUUAAAAAAGGUCAGCUGAUGACUGAACCAUGGCAGCUGGGUCCACAUACCGGAAUGACUCGGAUUUUUCCCGACCAGGCCUUGUCUAGAGCUCUGAACCUCACCCCCCGUUUAUCGUCAGUGGUGCAGCUCCAUUCAACAAGGCUGUUGCUAAUACUUCUCCUCAGGACCUAACCCUGGACCCGAAGUUGACUUCUGCUGCAUUUGCCAAAUACGACUCCACGUAAACUCGACAUAGGUAAGAUGCAACCAAUGCAACGGAUGGUGCCACCUUAAGACCUGCUCAGGCCUUUAGACACAUUGGGAGUGGUCCACACGGUUUGUGACAAUAUAUUGCACCUGCUGAUGUCGAGAUCGAAAUUUUUCAUAUUUUUAUCCCCUGUCAUCUGCUGCCCGGCUGGUUAUUACCCUGAAGUUGGUGCAAUCGCAAUGGCUACCAAAAUCCAAAACCGCAACAAGGUCUUCAAAUCGCUAACCGGCAGCACUUGGAGCAAAGACAAAGGAAUCUUGCUGUCGACAUUCAAAGCAAUUGGCCAGUCGGUGCUAAAUUACUCUGUGCAAGUCUGGUCACCUGGUACUAGUGAUUCGCAGUGGAUGAAGCUGCCAAAAUACUGUUAUCACGACAUGCCCUGCAACACCCACAUAAUGAGGCAUCAAGGCUUCCUAUUAAGGAGCACAACAAAAUUCUCAGCAAGCAACUCUUCAUAGGAAAUUACCACGCGAAUCAACCAUGCAGGCCGUUUCCACGACAGUGGGUUCUACCUUACCGAACAACCCGGAUUUAUAUCCGGCCAAGGAUUGUCACUCCAACAGCAUUCCCCGUAUGUAAGUAUGGGGAAUGUUAUGCUGCUACAAUCAUGCAGGCAUUUGCUACAGCUUGAGACACUUCUCAGGCGAAUCAGGAGACAUCUCUUCAACUAUACCGACGAGGUCUAGGACAAAACACAACUGCAACUACUGGUCCGGACAGUAUAUAAGUAUAGACAGACAUAGGGAAACUCUUACCACCUUCCUAAACUCCCAAUCCCUGAUUUCCGUUGUCGGAGCCCAAUCACGACCUAUUGCAGACAAAGAGCUUUUACUGCCUCAUAGCGCGUUCCUAUGGUUCAAUUACGAUCUGGAUAUUGUAGCAGGUUAAAUUCCUAUUUAUACAAAAACCACCCCGACAUACUCAAUAUAUAUCCGGCAUGUAAAGGCACAUCGCAAUAUAUUAACGACCUAAUCACAUGCCCUCUCAAACCCAAUCACUUAACCCCCAAUUUGUUCUAGUAUGAAUAAAAACGAGAAAUAAAGUGCAAUAACAAAAGGAAAUAAUAUU